UGAAUGCAACGCACACUACUACAGGUUCUGGGGGGCGGAGUCAAACAGCUGGACACUCUGGAGAGUCUCCUGGCUGCGAUGCAACUAGACCGACUGCAUGUGAGAGCGAUCCUUCCUCCAGUUCAAAGCGAAAAACGGCUAACGGGAUCUCAGUUGUUCGGCAAAGAAAAUAUAGGAAUUGAUAUAAAAACAAGGCUACACUGCAUCCCGCGAGUCCAUUGUGGAAUCGUUUUGGGCUAAGUUACCGGAGGUGCGGAGAACAGGUCGGCGUACUCCAAGUUACCAAAAAACAGCAAAAACUUGCUAGCUAACAUAACGUUACAGGCAGAAGCUAAAAGGACACAUCUGUCCUGUCAGUGUCCCAUCUACCUUCCUCCAUCUUCAAGAAAAUGAAUCAGUUGGUGACAGUGCAGAUGUCAGUCAUACUCAGUUAAAUGUUAGUGCUACUUGAGCAGAUAUCGCUCGGCUGGCCGAAGAGGAAAAAGAAGAAAGGGGCUAUUCAAGGUGCUGGAACAUGUCUCUGUGGAUGAUACUGCCUGUUAGCCUCCCAGUUCUGACCAUCACUGGGAUAUGGGUUGUGUACGCCAUGGCCCUGUACAACCAGCAUGUCUGCCCUGUGGAUAACUGGUUGUACAACCAGUCAUGUGAAGAGGAGCUAUAUUUGCAGAGUGGGCCAACCUUAUGCUGCACGCUAGACAAUGUACCUCUCAUCAGUAAAUGUGGGACUCUUCCCCCUGAGAGCUGCUUCUUCAGCCUUAUCUGCAGCACAGGCUCAUUCAUGGUUAUGGUGAUUGUGCUGUUCCGUUAUGCCCACGUCAUUGAGAAGCACCAAAAUUGUGUUCUCAACACAGCAAGUCUCUCCACAGGCUGGAUCUGUGCCGCUGGACUCAUCAUGGUGGGCAACUUUCAGGUGGAUAAUGCCAAAGUUCUCCACUAUGUCGGAGCAGGCAUUGCCUUCCCCACCAGUAUGCUGUUCGUGUGCCUGCAGUCAGCGCUGACUUACCGUCUGGCCAAGACCCAGGGGGAGUACAACGUGGCCCACCUCCGGCUCUGCAUGACCCUGCUGGCCUUGGUAGCCUUGGUGCUCAGUGGUGUGUUUUUCUGUCAGGAGAGCUUCGUCCUGCAACACGCAUCAGCCAUCUUUGAAUGGGUGUUCUGCGUCAUCAUCAUGCUGUUUUACGGGACAUUUGCUUUUGAGUUUGCCAGCAUGUCAGGAGAUACUAUGGCAGUGCUGGCUAGAGGAGGGGCCCUGGGACCUGCUGGGAGAGAACACAAGGUGGACGCACUGGGAGCACUGGGAGGGCCCGGUCCACACACACAGUCACAUCCACACCAACCUGAAAACAUGUCCAUACUGUAGCCUGCUGGCACAUCUAGAUGCCACAAAGUUGGCUUGUUUAUUCCUUUCGAACGCUGGUUGUUGAAUGAGUUUAAUUAUUCAUUUCCAGCCACAUUUGUCUGAAGCUUUUGAAAUGAACCAGGCCAGUGCAGUCGCCGUUCACGGCAGAGUGGAUUCUUCUAUUUCAACCCCAGGGGUGUAGAUCUUCUGCUGCAGUGGAGAGCUCAGCUUGUAUUGUGCUCACAUCAGAGCUCGGUGUGUCUAAAGAACUUGUUUGCAUUUUGCACAUUGCACAAGUGUGAAACCAAUUUUUUUUCUCAGCUUAGUCCUGUCCUCAGCGACCAGCAGAGGAAUAUUUUGUCAAUCAGAUCAAGAAAAUGUACUUUUCCCCCUGAGAUCCUGUAACCUGUGUCAGUAAGUGGCCUUGGACUUUCAUUGUACGUGAAGGAGUGAAGGCUGCUGGACGGCCUAGCUGACAGUAUUACAGUAGUGAGAGAGGGAGAGAGAGAGGAAAGAUGGUGUUACAAGGUCAGACCCGAGGCUUGUUUUCCCAUGGUUGAAUGAAAUAAAUGCAAAGAAAGUCUGUCAAAUAAAAUAGUAUAUAAAUGUUUUCGUCAAUCCUUGAGAUAGAACAGGGCAGCGGUCUGCUUUUUGCAAUCAUUUAAACCUGCAUUAAGCAAUGUUUUUGAUAUUAACAAAUAAAAUAAUUGUAACGUCAAAGAGUCCUUCAUAGUACCAAAUCCCCUGAGAAUCAACACCAUACUCUACAUAGAUUUUAGCUGCUUUUAGCUGACUGUUUUUGUUAUUCAGCCUGCAUACUGUGUCAGGCUGACUGGACACUACCUUCCAACCAAAGUGGAUGGUAAAGACAGUCGACCAUUUGACAAGCUGAAGACCCAGAUAUUUUUUCUCAGGAGUUGGUUAACCAAGGCUAAAAGAAAAGUGAAUAUUGGACUCAUAUUCUUCAGGUGGCCAUUAGGAUAAUAAUGUUGCUCUGUGUCUGCUGGAUGUGUAAGUAUGCACAGACGUUAGCCAUAACAACUCAGUUUGUUUUGUGGUCAUAAAUCGCUUAAUGCAGCUUUAAAAUAUGUACCAUCAACAACUUUAAGUUUGAUCAGCAACUCCACAUUGCAAGCAAACACUAUUUUUAAAAUCUCCAUGGGACCCACAUUGUGUUUGCGUGUCUGGAUGCUUUGGGUGAUGUGCCAUAUCAUUAUUUUAACUGCAUACACAAUAUACAGUAGACCUAGUGCCUUCAAACCGUUGUCACUGAGUCUGGGGGAAAAAACAAAGUUUCCCCCCUACUGUUAGUAUCAGCACACUAUAUCGACCUUAAACCUCAAAUAGUAUUCGCUUCAACUUCCUCUCUGUGGAGUAAAUAAUAUGAAAGAGAGAUGAUACAGUGUCCAGAGGCCAAAUGCAUACCAGCUAAUUCAAGCCAGAGCAGUGGGCUUAUUGAGUUUAGUGAUGAGGCAUCACACGUGUCUUCAGGUCUUAAGGACGUAGGUCUGCAUCUCAUUAUUCCCCAACAAGGAGGAGCAUGCUCUUAUUGCUUUACCUACUUUUUCUUUAAAUCUCAGAGCUCUCCGUAGUUGGAGUUUGUUCAGCUGGUGUAGCGAGACAAAGGGAAAAGGAAGGAUUUGUAAUGUAAGACAUAACUGAGCUGCACUGUCCUGCCUCCGUGUUACUAUACAGCAGAAUAUGCCAAAUAUCAGUUUGCCUGUGGUAUCGGUGCUACAACACAAAAGGCCUUAUCCUGUAAUAAGCAGAGCAAUAAGCAAUAAGAUGUAGGCAUAGCGUCAGUCUCAGCAUCAUUGACUGAUGAUAGUGGAGGAGCAUUGACAGAUGGUUGCAUGCAAGCCUGUGAAUGCCAGGAAUACCAAAGCGGGUAUUUGCCAUUACCACUUAAUUUACAUUGAAAACUGCUCCCUGCUAAUACCUACACUGACUUGAUGUUUUGAUAUCUGUCAGUGUAGUAGCCUCAUGGUUGGAUAUCUUUUUCUUUCAGUUGUUCCUCUGUGCAGAUAUUCAAAUGUUGAUUGUAUUCUUUGACUUUCUCUGAUGUUCUGUGCUGUGUUGUAAUACAGAGAGUUGUGCCAGAAUUGCUGUUUAUAUUUGUAGGAAUUGUUCAACAUCUCAGUGUAAUAUUAGCACACUCUGAGCUCUCUUGUGAACAAAACAGAGCAAGCAGAGGGUUUACAACAGUAAUGGUCUUGUUAGUAGGCCUUCACACAGUAAACAUAGCACCCCCACACACUGGCCACAUGUUGGGCAGAGGUUUCGUUAGUGCCAGUAUUUUGGGUGCAAGUGGUUUAGCUGCUCAAAAGACCAUUCUUCAAACACAGUUUUACAAUCUGUUACAGAAAGACUGAAAUGUAGUAAUUUACUCUCAGACUGAAUGUAUGAGUACUCUCAACAAGGCUGAAGUGGAAAAGCUUGUGCACGCAGUACUGCGAAACGAGCUGGAAGGUCGAAAACACCAGCCACGCCACUGAUCACUUGCUUCUCUCUACUGGUCAAACUGCUUAUUGCAUGAGUUUGUGUUGCAACCAGAGCUGUAAUGUUGUAGCUCAGCUCACAUGCGGUCUUGUUCUCUACUUGAAAAAUUCAAAAAAUGUUUUGUAUCCACAGCCAAGAAUACCCAGUCAGCUACACGUUUAGGCCAAAUGCUGCUUUUGUUUUGCUUCUAAAUUUACUAAGAAGGUGGAGCUACGUCAUGAAGAGUGCUUGAACUCCAGCCUGUGCUUCUGGCUGUAGUUCAGCGGUGAUCUUCAGAUUGUUCUACCUGGCAUCACCUGGAAGUAAAACUUGGCCUUGUGACCAUACGCUGCUUUUACAAUAUGCAUUCUUCUAACAAAUCACAGUACAGAUUUGAUGCAUUUUAAAUGUUAAGUCAAAUGAUGGUGCUGCUCUAGAAAGAAACAUUCUGUCAUUACACAUUUACUAAGAGUGUUUAAUUGUACAUAAUGAUUUAUGGAUGUUAGGAAUUCUGCAUAAUGCCGCCAUUUCCAGUUGAACACUACAAAAAUGAGUAAAAUAUUUCUUUUGAGAAACUCUUUCAUUCAAAUUCACAUUUUGCAUGCCUGCUCGGCCUCCCUCUCUACUUCCUGUCUUUUUUUUUCUCAUUUACUGAUCAGUCUGAACUUUGCACUCAGGAAAAUGUCACGACACCAGCUGCAUUGUUUAAUUCAAAACAGAAUGAACUCUGCUUGCUUCUGCCUUCUGUUGUCUUUGUUUUAAUGGCAUUCGUUUUAUGUUUGAGGAUUCGUCAUGUUUGUUUUGUGUAGCAUAGGUGCAACUGCUUUUUCACAGUUGUAGGAUUGAGAGUUAGCCAUAAUAUAAUAAUUAUUUUUGUUAAUCAUUACUCUGUAAAGCUUAAAAAUAAAUAUUCCUAUAUAGUUAGCUUGUGAGAAUGCUUAUGCUACUUACAUGGUUAAAUAUCUGCAAGAAAAACUAUCUUACUCAUGCAAGCAGUAGAUCAUUGGUGAGAGCAUUCUGACAAACUAACUAGCGUCUAUAAACCUCACAGAAAUCUGUUACUCAAUUCUCAAAUUGCAAAAUGCUCCCUAUGUGCCUUAUGUAUUAUUUUGAUGAUGAAAACCAAAGGUUUAGGUUUAUGUUGUAAAUUCUAUUUUGAUGAAAAGUCAUGAUUGUAUAUACAGAAUAUGCCUUAAUGUUCAACAAAUAAAAACUGUUUAAAAAAAAAA